CGAGCAUAGCAACACUCGGCCAGUCUGGGGGCCGCAGAGGAGGCGACCGCAAAUGCGCAUUGUGGGGCGCGGAGAAGCUAAAUCACCCCAGGCAGACUCACAGGAAACAUGGGGAGUGUGUUCCUGUCGGCGGACGCGGCCCACUCGGUGCUGCGGCGGUUGCCAAGGGCCAACUUCCUGUUGGAGGAGAUGAAGCAGGGCAACAUCCAGAGGGAGUGCCGCGAGGAGAUCUGCACCUACGAGGAGGCCCGUGAGGCUUUCGAAAACGACGAGAAGACGAGGCGCUUCUGGGAGGAAUACGUGCGUGAGAGCAGCCCUUCAGGUGGUCUGGAGUCGGUGGUGGGCGGCGUGCACUCCCUGUACCUGAUCGUGCCGCUGCUGACGGUGGUGUUCAUCGUGGUGGCCGUGGCUGUCGUCGUGUUUUGCUGCCACUCCCGCAAGCGCUCGCCGCGCAGCCCCGGCCUGGGUCACUCUCACCACGACCACGUCCUGUCGGUGGUCUCUGUGGACCGCUGGGGGGGGGAUUAUCACCACGGCGACCGGUCAGAACUCAGCAUCCACAGCAGCUCCGCGGGGUACCCGGGUUCAGAGGCGGCGUCCGGUCGGGGGAGCGCCGGCGACCAUCCGCCGUCGUACGAGGAGGCGGUGGGCCACGGCGACGUCCACGUGGAGACGGAGCCUCCGCCGCAGUACGAGGACAUCAUCGACAGCGGCAGACCCGGAAACCGCGGGAAGUAAAACGGACCGCCGUCUUAACAUCACAAUGCGGUGUCUGCCAGUACUCGACAUUUGCACUAACCUUUGGAAAGGAGCACAAAGUGAAUACAGCAAUACCAAAUCCAACAAACAAAUGUGCUGUCACACGGAAGCAAGUGACUCAAGUCGAACCUCUCACAAGGACAAAAUAGGAAAAUAAUGGGUGUGGUUGCCAUACUGAGGAUUUAUGUCCAUGCUGUUGGACCUGUGCUUUAGUGGAUGUCAGUGCCAAGUAAUUCAUUCAACUUUGCUUGCACAGAUCAGAAACAGCAUAAUAGACAGCUUUAUUUACUCAAUAAAGCCACACUAAUUCAGGAAAUCAAGAUCUAAAGCUAACUUGCAGCAUGAACAUUCCACAUGGGUGGGUGUUGAUGGAAAGCCAUUUGAGCAAUUCUUCAGAAUCACAAUCUUCAUUAUUCAAUGUACAACUGUAUUCCGUCCCAUUAGUGCAAAUAAAAACGGCAAGAUUGCCUUGCCAGAUAGAUAUAUACAGUGGCGUGAAAAAGCAUUGGCCCCCUUCUCAAAUUCUUAGAUUUUUGCAUAGUUUCUCCACUUUGUUUCAGAUCAUCAAACAAAUAUAACCCAAGUGAACUUAAUAUGCUGUUUUUAAAUGGGGAUUCCAUUUAUUAAGGAAAAAAACUAUUCAAAGUUACCGGGCCCUGUGUGGAAAAAGCAAUGGCCCCCUAAACCUAAUAACUGGUUGGGUCAUCCUCACCAGCAUCAACUGAAACUUUUCUAUAACUGGCACUGAGUCUUUCCACAUCUCUGUGGAGAUAUUUUGGCCCACUCUUCCUUGCAGAAUUGUUUGAAUUCAAUACAAAAUGGAGGGUUUUCGAGCAUGAACGACCAUUUUAAGGUCGUGCCACUGCAUGUCAAUCAGAUUGAAGUCUGGACUUUGACAAGGCUACUCCAAAACCUUCAUUUUGUUUUUUAAGCCAUUCAUUUUUGGUAUGUGUUAUAUAUAUAUAUUUCUUUUAAAAAACAAUUUCGCUCAUUUAUUAUUGCAGUGGCCCGGGAUAGACCUGUCAGCCUGUUUUGUUUUGUACCGCCUCCUGAUUCCAUAUCCUUGAUAUCCAGCAAGGUCCACGACGUACUAGUAUGCUCUUUGUCAUCACUAGUAAGACAAUUCAGCGCCAAGUAGAACUACUAGGGUGCACGAAUAAUGUUUUUUUCCACUACUGUAUGACAUUUCUGAACUCGUUGGAUAUCUGUUAUGAGUGGGGCACAACUUCAACUACUGCAUGCUACUAGUAAAACUAGUAACAUAAUAAAAUUCUAUUGGCUAACUUCUUGUGGUGCACAAAUGUCAACGGUGCAUAGUUUUGCCUCACUAAUAACAUAGUUGUCCUACUAGUGUGUAAACAUGACUAAUAAGACAGUAGCGCGUUGAAUCGUCUUACUAUUGAGGACAAAGUGCACACAAGUACAAGGAUAUAGAUUAAAUGCUCAAAUGGCUUACCAUACGGUCAUCAGUAAUUACAACUUUUGUGAAAUUUGAAUGGAAUCUAACUUGAUAGACUAUUCUAAAGAGGGUUCUCAGUGGAGUGGUGUGUGUCAUAUCCAUGUGUGUUUUGUGAAGUUGAACCACCUUGCUCCGCUUUGUUCGUUGGCCUUUGGCAAGUUGUUUUCAAUCUACUCUCAACUGUGAAAAUCUUCCCUGUGCUCCAAAGCUUCACUGUUUUGACGCCACGUAGGUUGACAGCGCCUGCAUCAGUGUUUUUUAAGGAGGCGCUGCGAAGGAAAAUGGGAAACGAGGCAAUAGAGACGGAAGAUUUGGGGAACGCGUUCUCAGGGAAGAUGGUGUAUUUAAUGCCACAAUGGACAAAGUCCAUGUUAAGCAUGUGUAAUGUAUCAGUGUAUAUAUAAAUAUACUGUAUCGUCUGUGAAAGUCAAAUUACAGUGAGAUUGCUUUUUACUGCAUAUAAAUGUGUCAAUGCUAAUAGAACUAUCAUAGCUGUUAACUAACUAAGGCACUUGUGUUGAAGCUCACAAUGAGCCCGUUAGACAAAAUACAGAUCGUGAGUUUGGACUUGGUCAGUUCUAAUGUCAAAGUCAUCAAAUGUUCUUUUUUAUUUUCGCUUGGUGUGAUGAGACACGAUGGUCCAUUGAGAGGGAUUUGCCUUGAGGCUAGCUUGUCAGCCUGAAUGUAUCAUUUCAAAACAGCCUGGACCACGGGUGUCAAACUUAAGAUCCUUGCCCUGCCCGCUGCAUCAUUUUAUGUGGCCGGCUAAAGCAGGUAAAGUGUGUCUAGUUCAUAUUUCUGGCUAAAUGGAUUUGCACUUUUCAUUGGGCCAAAAUUGCAAAACAUGCAUUUUGCACCAAAUCCCCUCUUCCAAAUUGGACAAUAGUUGUAUACCAAAAUGUUUGCUUGAUUUCUGAUUUCAAAUUUGUUUUUUUGUUAAAAAUAUAUACUUGAAUGAUAAUUAAUUAAUUAAUUAAUUAUGUAUAUCUAUGUAAUAAUAUCAGGUAAUUAUACAUUUAUAUGGUUUCCUGUUUUCAGUCAUAAUGGGCCUCUAAGGGAAACCUUAACUUCGAUGCAGCCCACAACAAAAAUUUGUUUGACACCCGUGGUAGACUGAACAAUAGUUGAUGGACCCAGGUGCACUUAUGCAAUAUCGCAAUAACUUUUUUUUUUUUUUUUUUUUUUUUUUUUUAAGUGAGUUGACAUGUGAAACUCAGCACUCACUACUUUACACGACCUUGAAGUGAGUUGUGUUGGUAGUCAUUAUAACUUACAGAGCUCGCUGUUACACAAUGCAUUAAAUAUAUUAAUGCCAUGUAAAAUGCAAGGGAACCUGUAGGAAAAAUGUUUAUGUACAAAAGUAUGGAUUGAUUUGUAAU